AUGCAUUUGUUUUCAAGCGUUGAAGCCUACAAUAAUAAAGAAUGCACAUGUAUGGCCUCCUUUUUAACACCAGCAUACUUGCGCAUAGCUGGCCCAUCAACGAGUCACACCUCUUUCGAGAACACCACGAUCACCAUCGACAACAUAGAAGAUUACAGAAGUGACGAGAACUUUUUUAAAAACCUACUCGGAAAGAGAGUGAGGCGCGCGCCAUCUAGUAUCAAAAUCUCGAACCGUCAGUGGCGGGAGUUCAUGCAAUGGGCGAAUAGCACUGGUUUUGGCAUAGUUUUCGCUUUGAAUAAUGUGGAUAGGACAUCGUCUGGAUUGUGGGAACCGAAUUCUGCACUGACUGCGUUGAGUUUGGCUGAGAAAGCGAACAUAAAAAAUGUGAUAUGGCAGUUGGGGUAUGAAUGCAACAACAGGACUAUAGAAGAGUAUUUGAACGACUUGGAGACCCUCCGCGUGUUGAUGGAGACGGUCCAGGCGGGCAGGGAGCUGGGCUGGAAGGUAGCCGGCGGUGACGUCACCGGGUGUCUGACACACGCCAGCGACUUUAGAGAUUACUUGGAGUUAGCGGUUGAUAUGACUGAAGUGCUACUACUCAACGGCAACUCCACGACAAAAGAGUUGGAGCGCAUGAGUGAUUCAGAACGCUUGAAAGUGGUGUCCACGCUGCAUCACAGUCACACUCCGCUAUGGAUAACGGACCGGCCUCAGUUUGAAGACGAGUUCUCGCGAGCUGCCGACUGGAUGGGUAGCCUCGGGUACUCUGCCAGGAAUGGCUUCUCGGUGCAUUUCCGGGAGAUGAUGCCGGAAGAAUUGUACGAACCCACUCUGAGUUUCUACAUGGCGUUGCUGUACAAAAACUUAGUAGGCGAGCGAGUGUUGCCCAUAGACUUGGAUUCUGCUCAAGCGACGUUGUUCGCUCACUGCACUUCCUUGAGGCAUCGCCCAGUGCCUAGAGCCAUCACGCUAUACGGCCUGAACAUCCACAAUGAGCCCACUAGGUUGUCUGUCAAACUCACGAAGAGGGAACAAGGAGGAGAGGUCAUGCAGUUCAUUAUCAAGCAGGAUGACGGCGGGGAUAUCAUUGUGAACGGCCGGGCUAUGUCAAACGAAGGCGACAUUCGUCCUGUGGUCAAACGCGUUCGUCCUUACAAAACUCUCCUUAUCCAUUUACCUCCUAAAUCAUUCGGAUUUUGGGUACUUUCUAACACUAAUAUUGAAGCGUGUCAAGAUUACGAAGACAAUGAUGAGAAAUUCGUAGAAGCCGAGCAGAUAAACACAAAUUAUGUUGAAGAAGGGAAAGAAAAGAAUAAAGUUAGAACAAAGCGUUUCACAUCUGCUGAUGAUUUCAAUAAUGAUUUGUAUCAAGAUGAAGUAGGCAAUGAUCUUGAUAAUAGUAUAGAUGCUGUGCAACUUAAAGAUAUGAUAAAGAAUUUGAAUAGUGAAUUAAAGAGUGCUCAAAACUUUUUUAAGCAACACUCAGAGAAUAGAGUGCGACGUCAAACCACUGAUGAAGUCAAAGGAACAAGAAAAUUGAGAAGGCAGCUAUUCAAACCCAAGAAAGAGAAUAAAUACGAGGAUUUAGAAAAUAAACCAAUCCUAAACUUAAUUGGUAACUUAAUGCAACUUUUUGGAAGAAACAAUACAAAAGUAUUAAAAAAACCAUUACGCUUACACAAAAAACGCUAUGAAAAUAGAUAUCAUUAUGAAAGAUUUAAUAAUGAAGAAAGCAAUGAUAAUACUAAGAGCUUAAGAACUAAAAGAAGUAUAAUUGGUGACAAUAAUCCUAAUCGUUACUUAAAUGAAGAUCCAUCAAAAGUAAACUUUAAUGACAAUGAUAAUAUUAAUAAUACGCAAGUAGUGAGAGCACUCAACGAUAUACAGGAUCAAUUAGAGAAAAUGAUCACAGUUAAUUCUAAUAAUAAAACAAAAGAAAAAUCAAAAGAAAGGGAAAAUCUUAUACUCCAAAAUGAAUUUUCGGAUAAUAGUGCUUUUAUAAAAUUCAGUGAGGCUCCUGGACAUGCCCUAAAGACUAGUAUUGAGAAUCUGUUAGCUGUUCUGAAAGAAUUGAAUUGGAAUUUGCAAAAAAUUUGGACUGCUAUAUCGGAUUUGGAAGAUUCCUAAUGCAUUUUAAGUACCACCAGUUACCAUAAUUGUAUUGUGCGCGGGUGACCAGUGACAGAUUGAAACAAACAAACAUGUUAAUGAAAAUAUUAAUGUUCCUGUCAAUAUUAAUAAUAAAUGUAAUGUACUUUUAUUAAAUAUACUUGUUUGUGAGUAAGAUCUAUAACUUUAAGAACUUGUCUGAGAAAUUGAGAAAACAUACAUAAUUUUAUUUAACGAAUUAACAUCUCUUAAUAUAAAUUAAACUUUUUUAAAAUAGGUUCCCAUCCAUACUUUGACCUCCCUUUUCACCCUCUCGAAGGGUGAUUUCUGGUAUAAAAACUAUCAUGUGUCCUUUCUUGGCACUAAAACUAUAUCUGUUCCAAAUUUCAUCGAAAUCGGUUCAGUGGUUUAAGCGUGAAGAUGUAUAUAUUAACAUGGAUUAAUUUUGUUAACUUAGCUAUAUGCUAGAGAGACUAGGGAAGGAUAACUAAAUAAAAAACUAAAUUGAAAGUAGCUC